AUGGCGUGUGCCCUCGUUCCUUUCUGCAGCUUCCAGGACCUGGAGUCGGCGCGGGACUUCCUGUGUUCGCACCUCCGGCAGGGCGGCGCUAGUGCAACCGGGGGCGUCAAGGAAGGUGGCGGCGGUAAGGCUGCAAACUGGGAAGAUGAAGACUGGGGCGGUUGGGAUGAAGGAGGAGAAGUGCAAGAACCUGAAGAAGAAGAAGAAUCUGCUUCCAAGACACAGGCAAGUUCCUGGCUUCAGGACUGUGUCGUAUCCUUGUCGCCAACAAAUGAUCUCAUGGUAAUAGCUCGUGAGCAGAAAGCUGUGUUUUUUGUGCCAAAGUGGAAGCACAGUGAAAAAGGGAAAGAAGAAAUGCAAUAUGCCGUUGGCUGGAGUGGCUCUUUAAAUGUCGAAGAAGGUGAAUGUGUAAGCAGCACAUUGUGCAUCCCGCUGGCAAGUCAAAAGAGGAGCUCCACAGGCCGGCCUGACUGGACCUGUAUUGUUGUAGGCUUCACCUCUGGCUAUGUUCGCUUCUACACAGAGAAUGGAGUAUUGCUUCUGGCACAGCUUUUAAAUGAAGAUCCAGUCCUGCAGCUUAAAUGCAGAACGUACGAGAUUCCCCGGCAUCCUGGAGUUACUGAACAGAAUGAGGAAAUGAGUAUCUUAUAUCCUUCUGCAGUUGUAACAAUUGAUGGUUUCAGCCUAUUUCAGUCCCUCCGUGCUUGUCGAAAUCAGGUUGCAAGAGCUACAGCUUCAGGCAAUGAGAACGUUCAGCCACCUCCAUUAGCUUAUAAGAAAUGGGGCCUGCAGGAUGUGGAUACCAUAGUUGAUCAUGUUAGUAUUGGUAUCAUGACUCUGUCACCCUUUGAUCAAAUGAAGACUGCUUCCAACAUUGGUGGAUAUAAUGCAGCCAUAAAGAAUAGCCCUCCUGCUAUGUCUCAGUACAUCACUGUAGGGUCAAAUCCGUUCACUGGUUUCUUUUAUGCCCUUGAGGGUAGUUCACAGCCGCUCUUGUCUCAUGUGGCUUUAGCUGUCGCAAGCAAGCUGACAUCUGCAUUGUUUAAUGCUGCCAGUGGUUGGCUCGGCUGGAAGCACAAACAGGAAGAAGAGUCGAUACAGAAGCAGAAACCCAAAGUAGAGCCUGCGACUCCUUUAGCCGUAAGGUUUGGAAUUCCAGAUUCCCGCCGUCAUGGCGAGAGGAUAUGCCUUUCUCCCUGUAAUUCUUUGGCAGCAGUAACUGAUGAUUUUGGAAGGAUUCUUCUGUUGGAUGUUGCAAGAGGACUUGCUAUUCGCAUGUGGAAGGGUUACCGUGAUGCCCAGGUUGGGUGGAUUCAGACUGUGGAAGAUCUUCAUGAAAGGGAAGCUGAAAAGAUGGAUUUUUCUCCUGUGUGCAGUUCUCAGGGGCCAAGCAGAGUGGCUCAGUUUCUUGUAAUUUAUGCCCCCAGGAGAGGAAUUCUGGAGGUGUGGAGCACACAACAGGGUCCAAGGGUUGGAGCCUUCAAUGUUGGAAAACACUGCAGGUUACUGUAUCCUGGCUAUAAAAUAAUGGGCUUGAACAAUGUAACGAGUAAGGGCUGGCAGCCUCAAACUUACCAGAUCUGCCUUGUUGACCCAGUGUCAGGAACAGUGAAAACUGUUCAUGUACCUUUCCAUUUAGCACUGAGCGAUAAGAAAAGUGAACGAGCAAAAGAUGUGCAUCUAGUGAAGAAGUUAGCUGCUUUGCUGAAAGCUAAAACAUUAAAUCUUGAUCUGGUUGAGGCUGAAGUGAAGGAAUUAAUUCUUGAUAUUAAAUAUCCUGCUACUAAAAAACAGGCUUUGGAAAGCAUUCUGGCAAAUGAGCGCUUGCCACUUUCUUCUCUAACAACCAUCACACAGACAUUGAUGGAUACCUUAAGAAAUCAGGAGGGAGAGUGUGUGGACGAAGGGCUGCUGCAGUUCUGUGCAAACAAGUUGAAGCUGCUGCAGCUUCAUGAGUCUGUCAGCAAGAUAAACGGUGUGACUGUGCCGCUGGAGAUGGUACCAUCUGAUAAUGACUUGGCUAAAUUACUCAGGUUAGAUGAAAAAGAGUUCGCUAGGCUGCAGAUGCUCCUGGAGAAUUACAAGCUGCAGGACACCCAACUUUCUGUCCAUUUUGCGGAGGAUAAAGAUGGAGUGCUGCCGGUGAAAACUUUCUUAGACCAUUUGGAGUGUGAAAAAGACACGAUCGAUGUGAAGAAGCUAGAGGAACGAGAAUAUGUGGCUUUAGGAAGCUUUUUUUUCUGGAAAUGUUUACAUGGCAAAAGUUCAACAGAAGAAAUGUGCCAUAUCCUGGUGUCUGCAGGAUUUAGUCCCCAGCGGUUACUGUCCCUGCUUCUCAGUGUGUGGCUUUCCAAGGAAAAAGACAUUCUUCAUAGGACACAGUCCAUUUGCUGCCUUCACGCUGCAUUGUCCCUUCUGAGCAAAAUGACUGUUGAUAUUGACGAGUCAUGGGAUUCCCAGUCAGUCUCCCCAUGGUGGCAGCAAAUGCGCACAGCCUGUGUUCAGUCGGAGAAUAACGGAGCUGCCUUAUUAUCAGCUCACAUAGGGCAUUGUGUAACAGCGCAGAUAACUGAUAGCAUAGCUGAGAAAAAGUUUUCCCAGAUAACAGUAGGUGCUGACACGGACCCUUGGGAAGCGCUCUCCCUUGACACGGAGUACUGGAAGCUUCUGCUGAAGCAGUUAGAGGACUGCCUAAUACUUCAGACCCUCCUGCAUAGCAAAGUGGGCAAGAAAAGAAGCCAGUCAUCCUCUGUGCAGACUGAGCCGCUUGGCAGACUCUCUGUAAAGAAGCUGCUCGAAGGAGGAAAAGGAGGCAUUGCAGAUAGUGUCGCAAAAUGGGUUUUCAAGCAAGACCUCAGUCCAACCUUUCUUCGAUUGGGAUGGAAAAAAGAAAGUGAAGAAGAACCUCUGGAGGCUGGCAGUAUCCUUCUAGUUGAGGGUGAGGAAGACCAGGCUGGACUAGAAACCAUACUAGAAUUGCUGCAUUUAGCAUAUCAGCAGUUUCCUUGCAGCCUGGAGCUGGAUGUACUCCAUGCGCAUUGCUGUUGGGAGUAUGUUGUGCAAUGGAACAAAUACCCGGAGGAAGCACACUUCCUCACCAGGUCUAUAGAUCAUCUCAAAUGCAUUGUUAAUGCUCAUAUCCAGCACGGAAUUGCUCUAAUGAUGUGGAACACUUUCAUAGUGAAAAGGCUUUCUGCUGCUACCUACUUAAUGGACAAGGUUGGGAAAGCGCCGAAGGACAGAUUAUGCAGAAGGGACGUAGGGAUGAGCGAUGCCGCCGUGACGUCUUUCCUUGGCUGUUGCUCAGAUCUUCUUCAGACACUCAUGGAGGCUGAUGUACGGAGUGAUGAAAUGCAACUUCCUGUGCUGGACAUGGAAGAUGCUUGGGCGUCUGUCGAAGGCCAGAUCUCAUUGGUGGAAUUAGCCCUGGAGCAGAAACACAUCCAUUACCCUCUUGUGGAACACCAGUCUGUGCUCAGCACUGUCCUGUACGGGAUCAUGAAGUUUUCACUGAAGAGUGUGAAACCCCUUUCUCUUUUUGACAGUAAGGGCAAAAAUGCCUUUUUCAAAGACCUGACUUCAAUCCAGUUGCUGCCCAGUGGUGAUGUAGAUCCUGCUCUGUUGGUUGCACGACUUCAAUUCUUAACCAAGCUGCUGACUGCGGUGGUGCAAGCCCAGUCUUCAUUCCAGAAAAGCAAAGGUGGCCCAGAGGAGUCGGUAGUCCUGUCGGUGAAGGACAGAGAUUGGCCGGCACUGGCUGUGGAUUUGGCUCAGCGCCUUCAGGUCAACGAGGACGUGAUCAGGCAGCACUAUGUGUGCGAGCUUUAUAACUAUGGCCUGGAUCAUCUUGGAGAAGAGGCCAUUCUUCAAGUACAUGACAAGGAAGUCCUUGCAUCUCAGCUGCUGGUGCUGACGGGCCAGAGGCUGGCCUAUGCCUUACUGCACACCCAGACCAAGGAAGGCAUGGAGCUGCUCGCCAGGCUUCCUCCAACACUCUGCACUUGGCUUAAAGCUAUGGACCCCCAGGAUCUUCAAAAUGUCGAAGUGCCGAUCGCUAUGACUGCAAAGCUCGUUGACAAGGUGAUAGAACACUUACCUGAAAACCAUGGGCAGUACAGUGUUGCCUUGAAUCUAAUUGAGGCAGUGGAGGCCAUGUCAUGACAGCAGUGCUACCAGUUCC